ACACAUUACAAUCUUUUAUUUAGAUUUAGAUCCAAAAAGAAAAAUUUACAAUCAUCAUCAGAUCUAGUGUUCUUAGACUGAUGAUGAUAAUGACGCGUUACGCUCUUCUUCUCCUAUUAGCUUUCGCUUCGCUGCAACUCCUCUGCUUCGCCGCUGAUGAUGACGUGGUGUUCUAUGAUUCAUUUGAAGAGUCAUUUGAUGGACGAUGGAUCGUUUCUGAUAAAGAUGAUUAUAAAGGUGUGUGGAAGCAUUCCAAGAGCGAGGGGCAUGAUGACUAUGGUCUUCUCGUGAGUGAGAUGGCAAAGAAGUAUGCAAUAGUGAAAGAGCUUGAUGAGGCUGUGAAUCUCAAAGAUGGUACCACUGUGCUUCAGUUUGAGACUCGCCUACAGGGUGGACUGGAAUGUGGUGGUGCAUAUUUGAAAUAUCUUCGUCCUCAAGAUGCUGGGUGGAAGCCUAAGGAGUUUGACAAUGAAUCCCCUUACUCUAUCAUGUUUGGACCCGACAAAUGCGGGGCCACAAACAAGUUGCACUUCAUCCUGAAGCAUAAGAAUCCUAAAAGUGGGGAAUACAUUGAACACCAUCUGAAAUACCCUCCUUCUGUCCCAUCUGACAAGCUUACUCAUGUCUACACUGCCAUAUUGAAGCCUGACAAUGAGGUCAGCAUUCUGAUUGAUGGUGAGGAAAAGAAGAAGGCUAGCUUCCUUUCAGCAGAAGAUUUUGAGCCUCCACUUAUCCCUUCCAAGACAAUUCCUGAUCCUGAUGAUAAGAAGCCCGAGGACUGGGAUGAGAGAGCGAAGAUUCCUGAUCCAGAUGCCGUGAAGCCAGAGGAUUGGGAUGAGGAUGCACCCAUGGAAAUUGAGGAUGAGGAGGCUGUGAAACCCGAAAGUUGGUUAGAUGAUGAACCCGAGGAGAUUGAUGAUCCUGAGGCAACCAAGCCUGAAGAUUGGGAUGAUGAAGAAGAUGGUGAGUGGGAAGCCCCCAAAAUUGAGAACCCACAGUGUGAGAUAGCCCCUGGUUGUGGCGAAUGGAAGAGGCCAAUGAAGAGGAAUCCAGCUUAUAAAGGAAAAUGGUCUCCUCCACUAAUUGACAAUCCCAGUUACAAGGGUAUUUGGAAGCCUCAGGAGAUUCCAAACCCCAACUACUUUGAGCUUGAAAAGCCCGACUUUGAUCCUAUUGCUGCCAUUGGUAUUGAGAUUUGGACAAUGCAAGAUGGUAUAUUAUUUGACAAUAUUUUGAUAGCCAAAAACGACAAGGUUGCCGAGUCAUAUCGGGAGACCACGUGGAAGCCAAAGUUUGAGGUUGAGAAGGAAAAACAGAAGGCUGAGGAUGAAGCUGCCGAUUCUGCCAGGCUUGCAGGCUUUCAGAGGAAGGUUUUUGAUGUCUUAUACAAGGUUGCUGACAUUCCUUUCUUAAGCAAAUACAAGCAUCAAAUUCUCGAUCUUAUUGAGCAUGCUGAGACACAGCCGAACCUCACCAUUGGUGUCUUGGUCUCUAUUGUGGUGAUUAUUCUCACGAUUUUCUUCAAGCUCAUUUUUGGUGGGAAGAAACAACCAAGAGUAGAGAAGAAACCAGAGGUUGCUAAAACAUCAAAUGGUGAAGGAAGCAGUGGAGAAAAAGCUGAAGAGGCGGAGAAGGAAGAAGCUGCUGCCGCUCCUCGCCGAAGGCGCCGUGACAAUUGAGCAAAUCUUAAAACAAAGGUAGCUGGUGGCGACUAACAGUUUGAGUUUGGGCUAAUUUUUGCACUGUAGGUGGUUUUCGUAGCUGAAAUAUUAUUUGCCUUUGGCAUUUUUUAGUUUUACUUUUGAAUAUGAUUAGAUUGUAUGGUUUGAAGGAUGUAAACGAGACAAAUUUCUGCAUCAAAGCAAAAACCAAGUAGAAAGGAAUUUGAAGCUUGCUGUA